AUGUGUUGUAACUACUACGGCAACUCCUGUGGCUAUGGCUGUGGAAACAGCUAUAGCUGUGGGUUCAGCCCCUAUUAUAGCUGUGGUUAUGGAACCAGAUAUGGCUGUGGAUAUGGUUCAGGAUACGGCUGUGGAUAUGGUUCAGGAUACGGAUGUGGAUAUGGGACAGGAUAUGGCUGUGGAUUUGGCCCCUAUUAUGGCUGUGGCUACGGAACCAGAUAUGGCUGUGGAUAUGGCUCUGGCUAUAGCUGUGGAUUCAGCCCCUAUUACGGCUGUGGUUAUGGGACUGGCUAUGGAUAUGGCUCAGGAUAUGGCUGUGGAUUCAGCCCCUAUUAUGGCUGUGGCUACGGCUCCCAUUAUGGCUGUGGUUACGGGACAAGAUAUGGCUGCGGAUAUGGCUCCAGAUACUGCAGUUACCGGCCAGUCUGCUACAGAUAUUCUUCUUGCUGCUAG